GGUAGACACUCAAUCUUCGAACCACCAUUUCCAUUUCCCAGUCUUCCGUGGCACGCAUCACCCCCUUAUUAGACCUGUUAAUACAGUAACUGCCGCCAUUCUAGCGUUGGUAUCACGUCUAUGUCCCGUCCCGCUCGUGCCAUAUCGACGUAGAGCAAAGAUCUCUGUUACUUUCGCUUCACCGACCGCAGACUACUCCAAAAUCCGUCUCAACUCAGAACAGUGUGGAUUUCCUGUCGCACUCCUACGCGCCUUACAAACUUUCAAGAUGCGUGCUCAGGUUGUAUUCAACAAAAACUUGGACACUGAGGUUUUCGUUGAACAUGUCACGAUGUCCAAUGUUUAUGGCAAAAACAAAGUGUUUGCCUGUAUAUUUGCUAUGCGACGCCUUAGACCUCAGUUUUCGCGGAUUAACCGGGGAAAUAACUGGUCUAUGAUUAAUCGCAUAGGUUCUUGAACAAGAGUCACAGGGAGAGCAUUCGGGCACCCCUUCAAGGGCAGGGGUCUGAGGGUUCUAAAAAAGUUUACCUAUACAACGGGGGCCGAUUGUUCACACCUUCCUCAAAAUACCUAGUCUCCCCCAUGGCUCACAGACUUGACGAAUUUUCCGAUCGAAGGACGGUGCCACUGGGCAAGACGCUUGGAGUCAUAUGCUCGGCUGCGUCGAGGAGUAUAUUAAACAACUCUGACCUUACAGCCUGGCACCUUGUUCACCAAUGAUCUCGCACAAGGGCGUACUCUCUCUUCUCGUCGUUGGAUCAAUUGUACUCACCUCUGACGCGGCUUUCCCGGACUGUGUCAAUGGCCCUCUAGCCAAGAAUCUAGUAUGCGACCCAACCGCUGCUUCGAUAGAUCGAGCAAGGGCCUUGGCGAAUGAAUUGACCGUUCCAGAACUCAUUCAAAAUACAGUGAAUCAGUCUCCUGGAGUCAGUCGUCUCGGACUACCCCCGUACAACUGGUGGAGCGAAGCAUUGCACGGUGUCGCAGGCAGUCCUGGUGUAAGUUUUGCACCGUUUGGAAGCGAAUUUGGCUCCGCUACAUCUUUCCCUGCUCCCAUUACGUUGGGCGCCGCCUUCGACGACGAACUCGUAAACGCAGCCGCAACUGUAAUCAGCACCGAGUGUCGUGCUUUCAACAACGUCAACCGGUCAGGACUCGACUACUUCACCCCAAAUGUCAAUCCCUUCAAAGAUCCUCGCUGGGGUCGCGGUCAGGAAACCCCCGGUGAAGAUCCUUUCCAUAUCGCGCAAUACGUCCUCCAGUACGUCACAGGGCUGCAAGGAGGUGUUGCUCCCAAGCCGUACGUCAAAGUUAUGGCGGACUGUAAACAUUGGGCUGCCUAUGAUCUCGAGGAUACUCCGAGUGGUAUCACGCGACAUACCUUCGAUGCUCAAGUUUCUCAACAGGACCUGGCGGAAUACUAUUCUCCCCCUUUCCAGAGUUGCGUUCGUGAUGCUAAAGUUGGCUCGAUCAUGUGCAGCUAUAACGCUGUGAAUGGAGUUCCUUCAUGUGCCAACCGAUUCUUACUACAAGAUUUGGUCAGGGAUCUGUGGGAGCUUGGGGAGGAACAAUGGAUCGUCUCUGAUUGUGGGGCGGUUGAUGAUAUCUUUGAUACACACCACUUUACCAACACCAUAGUGAAUGCCACUGCUGUGGCCUUACGUGCCGGGACUGACAUCGAAUGCGGAAAUGCAUAUUCGCAAAACCUCCAGACGGCGUUGAACCAGUCGCUUGUUUCUGAAGCCGAUCUUAGGCAAUCGCUGACAAGACAGUUCAACUCGCUAGUCCGGUUGGGCUACUUUGACCCUCCUGGCCAACAACCGUACAGACAGCUGGCCUGGACAGAUGUCAACACUCCGCAAGCGCAACAACUUGCAUACCAAGCCGCUGUUGAGGGUAUCGUUCUUCUCAAGAACGACGGUGUCCUUCCUCUCAAGUCCUCGGUCAAGAAAGUUGCUGUGAUUGGGCCUUGGGGUAAUGCCACCAACCAAAUGCAGUCGAACUAUAACGGCGUCGCUCCAUUCCUUAUCACUCCGCUUAAAGCUUUCCAAAACGCAGGGUUUAACGUAACCUUCACCCAGGGAACAAAUAUCAAUACGAACUCGAACUCCGGUUUCUCAGCUGCGUUGUCUGCUGCCAGACAAGCCGAUGUAGUAUUCUAUUUGGGUGGGAUCGACGGCAGUAUCGAAGGUGAGAGCCGUGACCGGUCCAAUAUAUCGUGGCCCGGGAACCAGCUAGACCUCGUCAGUCAGCUUGCUGGCGUUGGGAAACCGCUUGUUGUGCUGCAGAUGGGUGGUGGGCAGAUUGAUAGUUCUUCGCUCAAAGCAAAUGCCAAGGUCAAUGCCCUCAUUUGGGGAGGCUAUCCAGGUCAAAGCGGAGGCGCAGCUCUCGUAGACAUCAUCACCGGUAAACAAGCGCCUGCAGGUCGACUUCCUCUCACCCAGUAUCCGGCUUCCUAUAUCAAUCAGGUCGCAUUCACUGAUAUGGCACUUCGCCCAUCGGCCACAAGUCCUGGACGAACUUACAAGUGGUAUACUGGUGAAGCUGUAUUCCAGUUCGGGUUCGGUCUCCAUUACACUACCUUCAACUUUACUUGGGGGACUGGCGCGGGCACGUACAACAUUCAGACUCUGGUCAGUGCGGCGCAGGCAUCUGGUGUUACGCAUGUCGAUCUCGGCACUCUGGAUACUUUCAAGGUGUCUGUGAGGAACACCGGCAAGGUGACAUCGGACUACGUUGCGCUCCUGUUCUCUCGGACCAAUGCCGGACCAUCACCUGCGCCGUUGAAAGAGUUGGUGUCGUAUAGCAGAGUGAAGGGGAUUCAAGCUGGUCAGAGCGCUACUGCUGAGCUGAAGGUUACGCUUGGAGCUAUUGCAAGGACUGAUGAGGAAGGAAACCGGGUGUUGUAUCCUGGGACGUACGAGUUGCAGCUCGAUACUGGAAGUGUGAUAAAAAAGACGAUUACCCUGACUGGGACGGAAGCGAAACUAAUUGCUUGGCCGAAGGUUUAGACUUCCUGAAAUUACUCGCUCUGUGUAUCAAAGUAGUUUUCUAUUCCUGUUUAACU